CCGAGGAUGAUCGUGAGAGCCAUCAGUCGCUCUACACCAUCAACAACAUGGCUAUACGAAGAAAAGACAGCUUCCUCUGGGGGAAAGCUCCACCAAAACUCCCCCCAGGAGAGAGGGGGCAGGGUGAAGGCAUCAAGAUUUACAAGUGUGAGUUGCUGGAUGACAUUCAGAAGCUGAGAAUGGAGAUUAAUCACGUCAUGCCAGAAAUCCACAGCCCUGAACCAAAGGAGCAGAAUAAAAAUGUUGUGAGGAACAGGAGAUUCAUACGAGGGAAAAAGAAAUUCAACAUGGACCCCAAAAAGGGUGUCCAUUACCUGGUUGAAAAUGACCUCCUGGAAUGGCGAGCAGAGUCGGUGGCCGAGUUUCUUUACAAAGAGGAGGGACUGAACAAGACCGCCAUCGGCAACUUCUUGGGAGAAAGGGAGGAAAUGCAUCUGCAGACACUGAAGGCAUUUGUGGGCCUGCAUGAAUUCUCAGACCUGAAUCUGGUGCAGGCGCUGAGGCAGUUUCUGUGGAGCUUUCGUCUCCCGGGAGAAGCUCAGAAGAUUGACAGGAUGAUGGAGGCGUUUGCAACUCGCUACUGCGACUGUAACCCAGGUGUCUUCCAAUCCACAGACACAUGCUACAUCCUGUCUUUUUCCAUCAUCAUGCUCAACACGAGUCUCCACAACCCCAACGUGAAAGACAAGCCCAGUCUGCAGCGGUUUGUUUCCAUGAACAGAGGAAUCAACCACGGGGAGGACCUGCCCACAGAGCUGCUCACGAAACUGUACGCGAGCAUCCGCAGUGAGCCGUUCAAAAUCCCAGAGGAUGAUGGGAACGACCUCACGCUGACGUUUUUUAAUCCAGACAGAGAAGGCUGGCUCCUUAAAAUCGGUGGACGAGUUAAAACCUGGAAAAGGAGGUGGUUCAUUUUGACAGACAGCUGCUUGUACUACUUUGAAUUCACCACAGAUAAAGACCCAAUCGGGAUUAUUCCUCUGGAGAAUCUGUGUGUCAGAAAUCUACAAGACACAAACAAACCGUAUUGUCUGGAGUUAUAUAACCCCAAAGGACAAAAAAUCAAGGCCUGCAAGACGGAGAACAAAGGCAGAGUGGUGCAGGGUAAACACCAGUCUUAUAAGCUCAGUGCAGCCAGUGCAGAAGAACGGGACGCCUGGAUAGAAGCGAUCAGGGCAAGCAUCACCAAAGACCCGUUUUAUGACCUGGUGUCUCUACGAAAAAGGAAGGUCAUCAGCAACACUUCCUAACAGCAAGGAAACACAAGACAUCAGAGGAAACAACAUCCGAGUCUGGAUCCUGGACGACGUGUUUUAUUGGACGAAUCAUACAUGUUUUUAUGCCAAAACUAUAACCAAAACGGACUUGCACAGCAUUUCAAAGAAAUGUACAAAUAGGGAACUAACACUUGCUGACGGGUAAAACUAUACCAAAAAAUCUAUAAGUGGUUCGGCAGUGUAAAGUCUUAACGAUACUUCUGCAAUGUGCACGCACUACUGCUUCAGAGACAGGACGCUACUGACAAACAUCUGCUGCAGGAGCGUGGCCCAGAGGGGUGGCACUGCCCCCCUGGAAUCUGAUUAGCUACUUCUGGUGACCCCUGUACCAGACUCAGAAAAGUGAUAAGAAGUUGGCUUGUUAGUGUCUUGGGUGGAUUAAUGAAUGGGCCUACUGGGUGCCGGCCAUUUCUUGUGGGAGAGAAAUGCUUAACAACUACAACAACAUGUACAGCAACCACGAAGAGAUGCAAAACGACGAAAAAAAAGAGUCAAAAUGACCACAAAGAGAUGCAAAAAAACAAACUGAAAAGAGAUGGAAAAAGACCACAAAGUGACUCAUAAUGACUAAAACAAGACUCACCACAACAACACAAAGAGACACAAACCUAAUACAAAGGGAAAGUAUCGGUUUCAUUUAUAGUAAUUGUGUGUCUCUUUCAGUCAGGGGGUCUUGUUCCUGUGUGGGAGGGUUGGGGGCCUUGUACAUGUCUGUAUCCAGGGGCCCAUUGUCUCAUAAUCUGUCCAUGACUGUAGGAUCUUUGAAGUUACAAAUAGCAAUUAUUAACUGAUAUCAUUUCAUAUUAGAAUUAGAGGUGGGACGAGAUAUCGUCCCCACCAGAUCUCGCGAGAUUAAACGUGACGAGACUUCUCGUGGAGGUAAAAAGUGUCUCGCGAUAUCAGUACACAAAUGCAGAGCAGCAGCCUUGAAAUUAGCAUAGAAAAUCCCCUGGCCAUUCUCCAAAGUUGACUCCGAGUUUACUUUUGCAGAAGUUCUCUGAGUGAAGAGACUAUAACGUGGGGUAUACUCGCCGCAGCCGAGCUGUCGAGCGCCAGUGUGACGUCAUGGGAGCGCCGUAACUGUUGAUACUCGCGCGUGGUGGUUGCAACACUAGUUGCAGUGUUCUCCGGAACAUAGGUGGCGCUAAUGAAGAAAGACUACCGACUUUGCCAUUUCUACGGACUAGAAGAAGAAAAAGGUAAACAACUGCCAAACUGGCAGCAGCAUUGACGUCAAUGCUUCGAUUUGAUUCGAUGACCUACUUUGUCGGAGUCGGAUCAAGCCUUUCAUUCACCAUAAAAGAACUCAUCUUAACCCACUAAGUUUACAAGAGAGACUUGCAGUCACUCUGAGAGUCCUGGCAUCCGGUUGCUCUCGAGCUCGUUCAUGCUUCCUGUUUCCGCUUUUGAGCUUUUGAGUGCGCGACCAGAGCAAGCAAGAUCUAUGUCAUUUUGAUGUCACAUUGGUGCGCGCAAGCUCGGCUACGGCGACUGUAAAACGGCCUUAUCUCUCCACCAUACAUAUAGAAUAAGUAACAGUGUAACUGUUAGUUAUAAAGGAGAGAAGCCAGUCAUUUCAGUUUGUGGCAGAACCUUUCAGUGCUCGUUUGUCAUUUUGUGACUUUCGAUUGAAUAAAGGUCUUAUUUCUUCAUUGAAGUUUUCUGUAAAAAGUGUUAAAAUCUCAUCUUAUCUCGACCUCGUGAACUCUAUCUCGUGUCUCAUCUCGUCAUACCCCUAAUUAGAAUAUUUAAAGUUGUUUAUUUGGCAUUCAUUUAUUACACUGAAUACAAAUUAAUUACUAUUAAUAAUGUGCAGCUUAUUAAUGCCAAGAAUCAGCGCUUUAAAUUUGAGUCUUAUUAGUAGCCUACUCAUCUUACCCGUCUUGAUUUGGGGUGCGUUAACCAGGAGUUCUUCCAGUUUUUACAUUUCUAUAACUUCACUUUCUCAUCAACUCAUGUAAAUUCACUUUUUCAAUUCAUUGUUAUUUUUCUCUUUAUAUCAGCAUCAGACUUCAAUGUCAGACUUUACAGUACAUACCUUCAUUUCUGAUUAAGUGUUGUAAAUAAAAUGAAAAAGCAGGUAAAGAAAAAACUUAAAUAUUAAAAUUAACUUAUGAAUACUUUGAGAUUGUACAGUAUAUUGUAUUUAGCUUGAACAUAUUUUUAAUCACAGUGUUUUUAAUGACGUAUGGAUAUGUAUAAUUUAAUGACUUAAUAUUGAUGGAAGAAUCAAACUACUUGUUGUACAAUAAAGUGUUGUAUUGUAAACCA